AUGGACUCUGGCUGUAUCAGGAGUGCUUUCUUGCUCAUGGCUGCGUCCCACACCCUUGGCCCAGUGCCUGGCACACAGCAGGCACUUGACAGUAGGAAGCCGCCCCAUGCCCAGGGUGGCCCCAGGGUGCUGUCAGGUUGGGAGCGGGCUGAGCCCUUGGCUGGGUCCUGGCUUCUGCUCAGAACACCACUGGCUUUCUCUUGUCUCCGAAUUCUCUCACCCUUUCAGACUGGCUUGGGGACACGCCUCUUCCCCGCCUUCAGGAUCACUUUGCCAGGCACAAUUUAUGUGUUUAAGAAGCAGACACAUUUGUUGAAUAAAAGAAUGAAGCAAUGAAUGAGGCAUGGGGACAACCAAGCUGGCUGGCACAGGCAUCGAUACAUGUGGUGGCUCCUGGAGGCAGGCAGGGCAAGGGCAGCUGCAGGGCACUUACCCAGGCCUUGCCCUCCAUCUUCCCAAGGCCUGUCAGGGCUCCUCCAGUGGGUGCCCAAGGGUCCCUCCUUCCCCUGGGCCUCUGGCCACCUUGAUCCCCAGCCUACCUGCUGAUCACCCUUGUACUCGCCGAAGUGGAAGACUCGGGCUUUGAGCUCUAGCUCAGCUGCUGUGUCCUCCUCCUUGGUGAUGGACAUCAUCAUCGUGCUGACCCACUGCUUCAGCUGGUUGACCUCCCUGUCCCUGGAGGAGGGAGAAACCGGCAGGGCAUCAGUCACUCAGCGCAGCCCUGGGCACAUCGCUUCUCUGAGCCUGACCGUCUGUAC